UCAUUUAUGGAGGUUUCGUGAACCCUCACUCUCAGUCGGCGCCUUCUCUCUCUCUCUCUUGUCUCUGCGUCUAUUUUGCGCUUGAUUGUGUAGGCAUGAACGUGUUCAUAUCAGACCUGCAACUUCCGUUUUCGGCUUAAUUUCGUGUUGUUGCGGGUCAGUUUUCGAGUAGGAGCAGAACAGUGACACUUCGCCUGCAUCUCUCUCUCUCCCUCGAAGUUUCGCUUUUUUUUUAUUUGUCCCCUUUUCCUUCGAUCCACCUCCGGGGGAUCACCGGGUGAUCGAGACGAUAUCAGGUGAGGGCUGUAAGUGCCACGAAGCGUGAAGCAUUCUAGACUGGCAAGAAAACUGGCAUGUGGAGCCACCAACGCGAAUCUUUGUCGAUAUACCAGCGUAUACCGCCAAAAGAAAAUUUAGAUCAAAUGGACAUGGAAGACUAUUCUGCUCUUUUGCAGAGCAGUGUAGAUGAAGAAAGUUCGAAUCCUCCAUGGAGGCUUUCACUGCCAUAUGUGCUAGUGGCUACCAUAACUUCGUUUUUAUUUGGAUACCAUCUCGGGGUAGUGAAUGAACCCCUUGAGAGUAUCUCUUCAGAUUUGGGUUUCAGUGGAGAUACUCUUGCUGAAGGUUUGGUGGUGAGUACAUGUCUUGCUGGUGCUUUUGCUGGAUCUCUCUUCAGUGGUUGGAUUGCAGAUGGGUUGGGGCGGCGUAGGGCUUUCCAGUUGUGUGCAUUGCCCAUGAUUCUUGGUGCUUUUGUGAGUGCGAAGAGCAAAACUCUCAUGGGAAUGCUGCUUGGGAGGUUACUGGUUGGGACAGGAAUGGGUUUGGGUCCCCCUGUUGCAUCUCUUUACGUGACAGAGAUUUCUCCUGCUUUUGUGAGGGGUACUUAUGGAAGCUUUAUCCAAAUAGCUACAUGUCUUGGGCUAAUGGGAUCUCUUUUGGUUGGAAUCCCUGUGAAGGAAAUUUCUGGCUGGUGGCGUGUUUGCUUCUUGUUAUCUAUAGUUCCAGCCACAAUACUUUGUCUCUCCAUGAGCUUUUGUGCAGAGAGCCCACACUGGUUAUACAAGAGAGGAAGAAUUACAGAGGCUGAAGCUGAGUUUGAACGGCUUCUGGGAGCGUCACAUGUCAAGUCUGCAAUUGCUGAGUUGUCCAAAUCAGACAGAGGGGACGACUCUGAUAGCGUAACAAUCUCAGAGUUGCUAUACGGCCGUCAUUUUAGAGUCGUAUUUAUUGGCUCAGCACUGUUUGCUCUGCAACAGCUCUCAGGAAUAAAUGCUGUUUUUUAUUUUUCUUCUGCCGUCUUUAGAAGUGCGGGUGUGCCAUCAGGUCUUGCAAAUGUCUUCAUAGGGGUGGCAAAUUUAUCUGGCUCUAUUGUUGCAAUGGCAUUGAUGGAUAAACUGGGAAGGAGGGUACUCCUCCUUUGCAGCUUUUUUGGAAUGGCAAUGUCAAUGCUUCUUCAAGUUUUUUCUGCAAGUUCUUAUUUAAAAGGCUCUGGGGCUCUCUAUUUAUCUGUGGGAGGCAUGCUGAUGUUUGUCCUAACAUUUGCCCUAGGAGCUGGUCCAGUUCCAGGUCUCCUCCUGCCAGAGAUUUUCCCCAGCAGGAUUAGAGCUAAAGCCAUGGCAGUUUGCAUGUCUGUACAUUGGGUGAUAAACUUCUUCGUAGGUCUGCUCUUCCUGCGUUUGCUGGAGCUACUCGGACCUUCUCUCCUGUAUUCCAUCUUUGCAGCAUUUUGCUUACUGGCAGUGGUUUUUGUGAAAAGAAACGUCAUCGAAACUAAAGGGAAGUCACUUCAGGAAAUUGAGAUUGCACUCCUUUCCCAGAUAUAGAGCUGCUACAGUAGAAUUCUCAAUACUUUCCUCCUAACCCGCUUCCUCAACCCCGAAUGAAUUCUGUAACAUUUUGUAACACUCCCUACAUUGGCAUUUGCCUUGGGAGAGGUGGAUGAUAAAUCCAAUAUACAGAACGGAGAGAGAGAGUCCCUUGUUAAACACGUAUUAUACACCCGAGAGUACAUACUAAUCGGUCUGGCUUGAGGUCUGGCUGAGCAAGUCCUUCCUGUGCUCUUGUAUUAGAUCUAAUCAAUACACGUGGUGUGUUUGUUCA